UCUUCACUAAUUUUAGUUCUUGUCGACAGGAAGAGAAGUAAGAGGAGGGUGGAAACAAACGGAAUUGAAUUCUCCAUCUUUAUUCGUUCGCUUAUUCAUUCCCUUGCCGCUGACGUUCCCAAUUCCCUCUCUCUCUCUCACUCUCACUCUCACCCUCACCGAGAAGCACAUAAAACAAUACAUACCGACAGAAAACAGAGUGCAACUCAGAAAGUUGAGAAGGCUAGCAAUAGAGAAAGAGAGUGGCCGAUCGCUUUUUGGUAAAGAAAAAUGCAGGCGUCAACGUGUGUAGUUAAAGGAGGCAUCGGCUUUGGGGCCCAAAACCGCACAAAGGUUUUAAAGGGUUUUGGUGAAUUUGGGAAACCAAGUCUAGGAUUGGGAAUGACAGAGAGGACUGCCUGCAGUGUUCUACGCCUCAGUUCGACCCCUAUGAAGGACACACUCACUAGUGCAAGACUGGGUGUUAAUGGCGUUUUCAGGUCCUCGGUCAAGCCCAGAUCAGUCAAGGCUCAGGCUUCUGAUGAUCUUGAGAAUGUUGAUUCCUUGGUGCCUCAGAGCAAAUCUUCUGGAACUGUUUUGCCAUAUGUUGGUGUUGCUUGUUUGGGAGCCAUUUUGUUUGGUUACCAUCUUGGGGUUGUAAAUGGUGCUCUUGAGUACCUCUCCAAGGAUCUUGGGAUAUCUGAAAACACUGUGUUACAAGGAUGGAUUGUCAGCACGCUUCUUGCUGGAGCCACCGUUGGCUCAUUUACUGGGGGAGCAUUGGCUGACAAGUUUGGUAGAACAAGAACGUUUCAAUUAGAUGUCAUACCGCUGGCAAUUGGAGCAUUUCUUUGUGCUACAGCCCAGAGUGUGCAAACCAUGAUAAUUGGCCGCUUACUUGCUGGCAUUGGAAUUGGUGUUACAUCUGCUAUUGUGCCUCUUUACAUAUCUGAGAUCUCACCAACUGAAAUUCGUGGUGCGCUUGGAUCUGUGAACCAGCUAUUUAUAUGUAUUGGGAUUCUUGCAGCAUUGGUGGCUGGAUUACCUUUAGCAGGAAACCCUUUAUGGUGGAGGACAAUGUUUGGUAUUGCAAUUGUACCCUCUAUUCUGUUGGCAUUAGGAAUGGCAUUUUCUCCAGAAAGUCCUCGGUGGCUUUUUCAGCAAGGAAAAAUUCCUGAGGCUGAAAAGUCUAUCAAAACUCUAUUUGGGAAAGAAAGAGUUGCUGAGGUUAUGCAGGAUUUAAGAGCGGCAGGUCAAGGUUCUGUGGAACCUGAGGCAGGGUGGUUUGAUCUGUUUAGUAGCCGCUAUUGGAAAGUUGUUAGUGUUGGUGCAGCACUUUUCUUGUUCCAGCAGUUGGCUGGAAUAAAUGCUGUGGUCUAUUAUUCAACUUCUGUGUUUCGGAGUGCUGGAAUUGCCUCCGAUGUUGCAGCAAGUGCUCUUGUUGGGGCAGCUAAUGUCUUUGGCACAGCUGUUGCAUCAUCCUUGAUGGACAGUCAAGGAAGGAAAAGUCUUCUAAUCACAAGCUUUAGUGGAAUGGCCACUUCAAUGUUGCUGCUUUCUCUGUCCUUUACUUGGAAGGUCCUGGCACCAUACUCCGGCACCCUUGCUGUUCUUGGAACUGUUCUCUAUGUACUGUCCUUUUCACUUGGUGCUGGUCCUGUGCCUGCUCUACUUCUACCGGAGAUAUUUGCUUCCAGAAUCAGAGCAAAAGCAGUUGCUUUGUCGCUAGGCAUGCAUUGGAUCUCCAACUUCGUCAUUGGCCUUUAUUUCUUGAGCUUUGUUAACAAGUUUGGAAUCAGCUCGGUGUAUUUGGGAUUUGCAACUGUCUGUCUUCUUGGUGUCCUUUACAUAGCUGGUAAUGUGGUGGAAACAAAGGGGCGAUCAUUGGAGGAAAUAGAGCGUGCUCUCAACCCUGCAAUUUGAUGAGAAUAUUUUUGGAAAGUGCAUGCGGUCACAAUCUCAGUGCAGCUUAUUGGUUUUUGAUCAUGGGACAGAAAGAAAAAAACAUGCUCUUAACCCUGCAAUUUGACGAGACUUCAGACUCCAGUGAGUUGCUAGCUUGUAUAAUACUACUAGCUCUAGCAACUCGUUGGACUCUGAAGUCUCGUUACAAAACAUAUUUGGGAAAUGUAAUUUGUAAAUUUGGUCACAUACUCGUGCUUUACCCGAUUUGGGUCUACUUUUCUGCGUUUCAUUUUAGAAAUAACACUUGUUACGGAAAAUACAUGGUCCAAUCAAUUUAUGAGUUUGUUUGUGUUUUC